GAGGCCCAGCAGUGCGCAGGCUCUGUAUGAGCGGUGCUGACUGCCUAUUGACUGGGAAAACAACGGGCUGUGGGAGGACGGAUCAGGGCGGCUGUGGGCUAACGGGUGAGGGAAGGAGCACAGAUCCAACCUCUCCACGCCGCUGUCGUUUAUCUCUGGGGGUGUUUUAUUUUUUUUGUUUUUUGUUUUUCUCCUACACUGGAAUGAAUGUAACUGCUGCUUCUCAUCAUCAUCACCAUCGGGUUUUUAUUUUGUCAGAACAACAGAUCUUCCUGGUCUCGGAGGAUCUCGCACACACACAAAGCCAGAAGAAUCUGGGGCUCAUCUGACUGCAGGACAAGAGCCCAACCUGCCAGGGGACACCAUGGAAGCCCCUCUUGUGUGCUUGGACGAGGAGUUCGAGGACCUGCGGCCCUGCCGGAUGGACGAGCAGGACCACUCCUCCUACUCCAGCGCCACCACAACCACCACCGUCCCGCUGGCCUCCAUCACCCGCGAGGACUUCUCUGAGCUGGAGAACUUCUCUGAGAUGAUGAGCUUCAAGUCGAUGGAGGACCUGGUCAACGAGUUUGACGAGAAACUCAACGUCUGCUUCCACAACUACAACACCAAAACCGAAGGCCUGGCGCCGAUCCGGAACCAGACCCACAGCCAGGAGGAUGAGGAGCGGCUGCAGGAUGAAGAUGUGUGGGACGCUCUGACCGACAACUACAUCUCCACCUGGGACGGACCCAACUCUGAGGGACUCAACGGCAACCUGUCCGACCACGAGGUACACCGUUCUCUAGAAACCUUUGGCUUUUACUGGACUAUUUAUUCCUGUUUCUGUUUUCCAUUUCUUGGCUUUAGGUUGAUUUCACUUACAGCCUACAUUUGGCCAGAUAUUGCAAAGGUUCUAGGAUGGCCAAAUCUCUCUCUCUCUCUGUCUCAGGUCAUUGAGGAGAUCGUUGAGAUGAUGGAGAACUCUCCAGAUCCCGGCGAAACCGAGGAGGAGGACGAGGAGGAGAGCAGCCUGUGCUCCUCCAGGACCAACCCGUCCCUGCUGGAGGAGAUCAGGCAGCUGUCCCAGGCCUCCAACAACAACUGCUCCUACGAAGGCCUCAGCUGCAUGCCCAGCUCAGCGCUGAUGGAGCUGCUGCACAGGGUGGAGGCCGCCAUCCGGGAGUACUCAGAGGAGCUGGUCAACCAGCUGGCCCGGCGGGACGAGCUGGAGUUCGAGAAGGAGGUGAAGAACACGUUCAUCACAGCUCUGAUGGAGGUGCAGAACAGGCAGAAGGAGCAGCGGGACAGCAGCAAGCGCAAACGGCGGGACAAGGCGCUCAGCCUGCAGGGGGGCGGGACGGCGCCCUCCAACGGGGCCAACACCGCCUCAUCUGGCCAGAAGACCGGCACCAUGCCGGUCAAGCGCUUCAGCAUGGAGGGCCUCUCCAACAUCCUGCAGACGGGCAUCAGGCAGACGUUUGGAAGCACAGGAAAUGAGAAGCAGUAUCUGAACACUGUGAUUCCAUACAAGAAGAAAACCACCCCUCCGUCUGUCGACGACCUGCAGAUGCUCACAAAGAUCCUCUAUGCCAUGAAGGAAGACAGUGAGAAGGUGCCUACGCUGCUGACGGACUACAUAUUAAAAGUCCUCUGUCCCACCUAAAGAACCGUCAUACCAGGAGUGAAAUGUGACAGAGAAACCGACCCCCCCGCCCUGUCCCGCUCCCCAGGACUUUCCUAAACUUCUGGCCCAGUCUGCAUGAGCUCCCCUCGUUUUCCAUUACCAACCAUGGAUCGACACCGUCCGCAUUAUCUCAUCCGUCUAAACUACGACUACUGCCUCCUGCUGAGCUCACCUCGUCCUUCCCUGCACACCCGUCUCAGGCCAGACACCAAAAUGGCCGCUGCCUGAAAAAGCGAUCGGAACGGUCCAGUCCCACUUUUACAGGACUUCACUAAUGGAGCAUGAUAAGCUGGUUAACGAUCACAAGAGAUCACUUUGGUACAGGGAUCCAGUUUCAGAUAUCACUUCUCUCUUGUCAUCUCUCAUUUCGUUGUCAUGUUUGGUUUUGUUUUUUUUUUUCUUGCUCUGACAGACACUGUUUUUGUUAGGCUUAUUUACAAAGCCGUUAAUCACGGAACGAUUGCUCUUUUCAACACAUAUAUACAGUCAUCCAUGUAAAGUGGAUUGUAUGGGGAAACGUGAUUCAUAAGAAUACAAAAGCCAUGCACCUUUUUCUGCCAACUCAGUACUGUAGUUCCUUUAGAGUGAGAAGAAACACACUACUAUUACGGGUGCAGUGCAGUGCGUUACAAAGCUUCUUUCACAAUAAAUAUCCAGUGCUCUUCAAACUUUUUUUUAAAAUUUAUUUUGAAAUAUUAAUAUAUAUAUUAUGUUGUACAUUUUUUUUUUUUUACAUUUAUUUACUGUAAUUGUCAUUCCACUCGGUGCAGCCACCUACACUUGUAAAUCUUGUUUUUUAAGUUCAGUGACUGAAAACAAAUAAUUUUAAUAACUGUGUAUGUAUUUGCAUAUUAGCAUUUUUUUUCCCUUUUGCCCCAUGUAGAUGAAUGUUACAUCGCUUAAUUGCUAAUUCAAAUAAACUUCUGCCCUCUAUGUUA